AUGUCAGAAUUGCGAAACUCCUUGAUCCUCACGGCCUAUAUCAUCAUCUUCCUCACCGGUCUCCCUGCCAACCUCCUGGCCCUGAGAGCCUUCCUGGGGCGCGUCCGUCAGCCCCAGCCCGCUCCUGUCCACAUCCUCCUGCUCAGCCUGACGUUGGCAGACCUGCUGCUGCUGCUGCUGCUGCCCUUCAAGAUCAUUGAAGCUGCUGACAGCCUCCAAUGGCAUCUGCCUGCGAUACUUUGUGCCAUUACAGCCUUCGGCUUCUACAGCAGCAUCUACUGCAGCACGUGGCUCCUGGCCGGCAUCAGCAUCGAGCGCUACCUGGGAGUGGCUUUCCCCGUGCAGUAUAAGCUCUCACGCCGGCCUGUGUACGGAGUGAUUGCUGCUGUGGUCGCCUGGGUCAUGUCCUUUGGUCACUGCACCAUUGUGAUCGUUGUUCAGUACUUGAACUCAACCCAGCAGGCCACAGAUGGGAGCCCUUUUGUCUGCUAUGAGAAUUUCACCAAAGAGCAGAAGGAAGUGGUGCUUCCUGUGCGACUGGAGCUGUGUCUUGUCCUCUUCUUCAUCCCCAUGGUGGUGACCAUCUUCUGCUACUGGCGCUUUGUGUGGAUCAUGCUCACCCAGCCCCACGUUGGGGCCAAGAAGCGGCGUCGAGCUGUGGGGUUGGCUGUCGUGACGCUUCUCAAUUUCCUGGUGUGCUUUGGACCUUACAAUGUCUCUCACCUGGUGGGGUUUCAUACUGGAAAAAGCCCCGCGUGGCGGAUGGAAGCUGUGGUAUUCAGUUCACUCAAUGCCACUCUGGACCCCCUGCUUUUCUAUUUCUCUUCCUCCGUGGUACGCAGAGCCUUUGGAAAAGGGCUGCAGAUGUUGCAGGAUCAGUGCUCUUUUCUAUUGGGAUGCAAAUGCAAAGAGGCUGCAGAGGUGACUGGUGGGGACAAGAGUGUGAACCAAACGGAUGGAAUGCCAAGUUCUGACUUCACCACAGACUAG